AUGUGUUGCCAAGAACCUAACUCGCCAAUAUGCGAAGAUUUUGGAUCUAAGGUCAACCAUAAACGGAACCUCAGUAAUGGAACUUCAGAGCUUUCGCCACCCAGACGAUCCAAGCGACAGAAACCCACUACAAAUUUUAAAGAACUGUCUUCUCCAGAAGCCUCAGAUUCAGAGACUGAAGAAUUUGCUCCUGCAGUGAAAAAAGAGGCUGACGACAAACCCCUGGUUGAUACUCCCAAGAAGAAUAGAAAGAAGGCUCCAGUUAAGAAGGAGUCCAACGAAGACGUCAAACCUAUAAAGGCGAGAAAGUCUAAGAAAGACCAGGAACUUGAGAGUAUGCCUUUGGUACCCCGGACUAAGGGUCUGCGUAUGUUCGUCGGUGCUCACGUCAGUGCUGCAAAAGGUGUCUUCAACUCCAUACAAAAUAGCGAAAAUAUAGGACACGUUCUCCCUCAUGGCUCAUACCUUGUCAAUCUGGCCCAAGACGACAAAGCCAAAUCAAAGCAAGCAUAUAACUCCUUUCUGGAUGAUCUUCGCCGAUGUGAGGCACUUGGAAUUACACUUUACAACUUCCACCCAGGAAGUACCAAUCAGACACCUCUGCCCGAAGCACUUUCCCGCCUGGCAAAUCUGUUAGUCCAGGCCAUCAGCGAAACGAAGACCGUAGUUCCCGUCCUGGAGACAAUGUGCGGCCACGGCAACUCAAUUGGCGGCGCACUGUCGGAGUUCCGCGACUUGCUGGCUCUAAUCCCGAGAGAGCACCACUCCCGCAUUGGCAUCUGCGUAGACACCUGCCACAGCUUUGCAGCCGGCUACGAUCUAAAGUCCCCAGCCGGAUUCAAAGCCUUCCUCGACGAAUUCGACGAGCUAAUCGGAAUCCAGUUCCUCCGAGCUCUGCACCUCAAUGACUCAAAGGCACCGCGGGGAAGUAAGCGCGACCUGCACGCCAAUAUCGGCACGGGGUUCCUCGGCCUGCGGGCGUUCCACAAUGUCAUGAACGAGCCGCGGUUUGAAGGGCUACCGAUGGUCCUUGAGACGCCUAUUGACCGUGUCCCGGGACAGAAUGUAGCCACUGGAGACGAUGCAGCCGAUAGCAAUGAGAGCGGGCCUGGAAUGAAGAAACAGCCAAAGAAGGGUCCCAAGAGACCUGCUGGUGCGGGUGCAGCUGCUGUUCCCGAUCCGGGUGUAUGGGCGGGUGAGAUCAAACUACUUGAGUCACUGAUUGGGAUGGACCCCGAGGGCGAAGAGUUCCGGGCUCUGGAGGCUCGCCUUUCGGAGGAAGGUCGUGCGGAGCGCGAGAAACUUCAGGAUCAGUAUGAGCGCAAGCUCGAGGCGGAUGGGGAAAAAAAAGCGAAGGGAUCAGGAAAGGCAAAGGGACAGAAGAGUCUGAUGGACAUGAUGAAGGGUGGCACUGCGAAGGGCUAG